AUGCCGCCACAUCUACAUCCGCGGUCGCGGUCGACGUCCUCUCUUUUCGCAGCCACUCUCCUUGCGUCUCUUUUCGUCGUCGGCCUGCCACACCUUUUCCCUUGUCCUGCUCCGCGUCGUACCCUCGCUGAUUCGGAGAUGCUUAUCACUGCUGAUGGGCAACAAAUCCCCCGGAUUCGAAGGAGGAAGAGGAAGGAUGCCGACAUGCUUGGCUCAGAAGGAAACGUCCUCGCCCAGACACACCAACCUCCCGACGAAGUGUCAACAUUCCUGCAAUUGGAGGAGGAGGCUGAACGAUUGGCCAAGGCGGGAAGAGAAUGUCCUGUUCCAAAGCCUGGUGGAGUUCUAGGUGAAUUGCUUGGUUUUUCAAAAGGCAUCAACGAAAAUUAG